AUGGAAUUAGGUGGUGAAAUCACCCGACAGGCCAUCGGUCGUCACGGAUUCAUUGGAUCGCUUUAUGACGUAAGAACCGAUAAAUUCGAAGGAGGAAGUUUAUUUAAUAAACAACUUCCUUCGUCGCCGUUCAUUGAAUCGGCUGAUGGUGGACAUGCAAGCUACUGUAUAGAUUCCAACAAUUCGCAAAAAGAAACAUUCGAUAAAUUGAACAUCGAAGCUGGACUGAAAUUGAGUCUAAUGGGUGGUUUAGUAAGCGUUGAAGGAUCAGCUAAAUAUUUGGCUCAAACAAAAAUCAACAGUCGAACAGUUCGCGUCACGUUUUUAUAUGAAACUCAAACAAAGAAAGAAUGCUUGCUGAUUUCAAUGGCUGAUUUACAUCAAUAUUUUUCGCCAGCCGCUCUAGAAAAUCCUGAUGCUACCCAUGUCGUCAUUGGAAUUACAUGGGGAGCAAGAGUAGUCGCUACAUUCGAGCAAACAGUACAAAGUUCCGAUAAAGUAGAAAAACUCGAAGGACUUCUUUCGGCUUCUUUGAUCAAGGCAAGUGCACCAAGUGGCCAAGGUAAAGCUGAAUACGAACACAAAGAGAAUCAACAACUUGAAUCGUUGAAAAUAAGUUUUUCCGGCGAUGUCAUAGUUCCCGAAUGUCCUCAGACUAUUGAAGGUGUGAUGAACAUAUGUAAAACGGCUCCAACCCUAAUUCGAAAUCUUAAUGGCGGAAAAGGACAACAACUUCGGUUCAUUCUCUACCCAUUGAAAAAAAUGGCGCAGAUUUUCAAUCAUGAAUUACGUAUCGAACGAUUAAUAAGAGAAGUCAACGAUCAUACAAUCAUGCGCAUUGAGGGCGUAUUUGAACAAAUAUCGGUUGCAAAAAGAACUUUGAAUGAUUUUAUUGCCGACAUUGAACCAUGGAAAGAUGCGAUUUGUUCGGAAUGGCUUCAUGUUAUUCGACAAAAGCAGUUAAAAUUUAUUGAAAACGAACUUAAAAUACAACAUCAAUUGGCUAAAUUACUUGAACAAGUUCGUCGAAGUUUAGCCCAAGAGUCCGAAAUGGAACAACUACUAGAUAAAUUCGAUGAAGAUAAUCCAUGUUCUGUCAAAGCAAUUCAACAAGUUUUGAAAGAGAAUCAACGAAUCAAAUCAAAGAUUAAAACAUUAGAAAAAUUGCAUGCAAUACUAAAUCCGUAUGGGCAAGAUCAUUUUCAGAAGCAAAUCACAUCAAUAGAAGAAUUAAUACUUGAUUUCUAUGAUAAUGAUGUGUAUCUAUUGCAUAUUUGUGACGAAUGGCAGACAAAAAAUAAACAACAUUGGCCUAAAUUAUUAAGAUUCCUUUCGAAUUUAAUACAAACUGAACAUGAAACAAAGGAUUCCAGUGCCAUUUUUCGAGUGAUUGAUCACGAUUUACAUGCUGAUUUAGAUGACAAACCGGAUCAAUGCGUCAUUUUCUAUGCUAAGCAAGGAAUAAUUGAAUCUCGGAAUUUCUAUCAAGAUUCUUUACAGAGCAUUUUGCCGAAACAAAUAAAAUUAAUUCGAAAACAAAAUCCAAGUCUUUCCGAAACUGCCGUUUUGGAAUUGCAUAACAAAUUCAUUGGUCGAAGUCCAACUGGCGAGCUGACAAAAGCGAUGUUGAUUGCUGCACUCAAAGAAGUUUAUUCAAAAGGAAAUGUAACGAAUUAUUGCAAUUAUGCAUUCUCUAAAAUCGAUAAGGACAAAAGCGGUACAAUUACGUUUGUGGAAUUCAUGUCGGCCAUUGCUCUAACGCAACCAGAUAACGUCGACAAACGCCUCGAAAUGGUAUUUUUCAUGUGCGAUGAGGACAAUUCCAAUGCCAUUGAUGCUCAAGAAAUAAUAAAGUUUAUCGAAGUCAUUUCAGAGUUAGAAGAUGAAAAGAACGCGAUUGAUAUCAGUACUGCAGGAUCAAUUGUCACAAAAAUGGUGGAAAUCUGCGGAAAGAGUCCAGACGAUAAUUUUACAAAAGAAGAGUUUCUACGAUGCUGUAAAACGAACGAGCUGGUGUGUGCAGCAUUCCUACCCAACACAGCAAAAACAAAUGUCAAGCCUGCUAUCAGUGAGUCGACUAAAACGGAGUCUUCAAUGCCAAUCAAUACACUUACACUCGAUCAUCUUAAUGUUAAUCUACUGAAAGACGACCAAUGGAUUAAAACUAACUUUUCUCUCGAAAACAUACCAGAUGGAUGUGAACCUCUAUACGAUGAAUCCAAUCAAACUGUACCCGCAUGGGCUACGUCUUACCAGCUGGGGACAUUCAAACAGGAUCAUAUCAAAUUGUUCGAUGAUACUCAAUCACCAUUGCUCUCUCUUCGUCCUGUAGUCGAAUUUUCGGUAUGUAUUGCUGCACGCAAAGAUUGUGGCGCAAAAGCCACACUCUCGCUUACAUUUUCCGAUGGUCACAUAUGGAAUUGCAAAAGAGAAUAUAAACAAUGGAAUGACGGACGUUGGCAUAGAAUAACAUAUCGUUAUUCACAAUACAAGACUUUACCAAUGGAUGUUACAGUUGUGAUGCAAGGAAGUGAUACGAAAUAUUGGGCCGGGUAUUUUGGGAUGAAAUUUGCUCAACCUUGCCUUCAACUUGUGUUAAACAGCGGCAUACAAGAUAAAACACCGAAGGAAACGGAUGUCAUCAUCAAAUCACGAUAG